AGCCGCGGAAACAGGCGGAAUGAUCUCAGACAGCUGACAGCAGCGGAUCCCGGGGACCAGCACAGACCGCAGACCAGCAGAGAGCACCGACCAGCGGACUUCAGAAACCCACAGCACAGAGAGAGGAGAUGGGGGACAGAGCGGGGACCAGAGUGUUUAAGAAGUCCAGCUCCAACACUAAGCUCACAGUUUAUCUGGGGAAAAGAGACUUUGUUGAUCACUUAGACCAUGUAGAUCCAGUAGAUGGAGUACUCCUUGUAGACCGAGAGUACCUGAAGGAACGUAAAGUGUUUGUGACUCUGACCUGUGCGUUUUGUUACGGUCGGGAGGACCUGGACGUCUUGGGCCUGUCCUUCAGGAAGGAUCUGUACGUCAGCUCCGUGCAGGUCUUCCCUCCUCUGCAGGAGGAGCCGAGGCCUCUGAGCCGCCUGCAGGAGAGGCUGCUGAAGAAGCUGGGUCAGAACGCUCACCCCUUCAGCUUCACUAUUCCUCAGAACCUGCCCUGCUCAGUGACCCUCCAGCCCGGCCCAGAGGACACUGGGAAAGCGUGUGGCGUGGACUUCGAGCUCCGAGUCUUCUGUGCAAAGACUGCGAAUGAAAAGAUCCACCACAGGAACUCUGUUUGCCUGGCGAUCCGGAAGGUUCAGUUCGCUCCAGAGAAACCGGGCCCUCAGCCGAUGGUGGAGACCAGCCGCAGCUUCCUGAUGUCGGACAGAUCUUUGCACUUAGAGGCCUCACUGGAUAAGGAGCUGUACUACCACGGUGAGCCCAUCAGUGUCAACGUCCACGUCACCAACAACUCCACCAAGACUGUGAAGAAAAUCAAGAUCUCAGUUCGUCAGUAUGCUGACAUCUGUCUGUUCUCCACGGCUCAGUACAAGUGUUCAGUGGCUCAGGUUGAAGCAGAUGACCAGGUGUCACCCAGCUCCACCUCUUGCCAGGUCUACACCCUGACCCCCGUGCUGGGUACCAACAGGGAGAAGAGAGGCCUGGCUCUGGAUGGAAAACUGAAGCAUGAAGACACCAACCUGGCUUCCAGCACCAUAGUGAAAGAGGGGGCCAACAAGGAGACGAUGGGGAUCGUGGUUUCUUACAGAGUUAAAGUCAAACUGGUGGUGUCUCUUGGAGGGGAUGUAGCAGUGGAACUCCCUUUUGUCCUUAUGCAUCCUAAACCGACAGACCAGCCCUGCUCCAAGCCCCAGUCAGAGGCUGAUGCUCCUGCAGAUGUAAACCUUAUAGAGUUUGGCACGAAUUCUUCCUCUCAGGGUGAUGACUUUGUGUUUGAAGACUUUGCUCGGCUGAGGUUGACCGGGACGAAGGAUCACCUGGGUGCGGAGGAUCCCUUCUGUUAGCUGGCCUCUGGUCUGAGGUCAGGACCCUGAACCCCGGAGGGCAUUAAGAAGAUGGAGAUGAUUUAACUGAACCAUUUGAAGCUCUUGUUUGUUUGUGUGUUUGUGCAGGAGUGUAGGAGUCAUUGUUCAGGUAAAUGAUGAGAGCUGUUUUCUUCAGGUAUCAGUGACACUGAUCAAUAACAGAGGAAGUUGAUUUAUCUUUAACCUCUUCAGGAUGAAAUAAUCUGAUGCAUCUUCACUUCGCAGAACAAAGUUUAAUGAAACCAGCAAUCAUCGUAUUGUUUUUACUUUCUUUUUACUAACAGAUAUUCUCUGCUUGUCUUACCUUGUAUGUAAUACAUCAAUAGGAUGAAUAUGCUGUAUAUGUACAUUGUGAUUUUAAUGUUGAAGGGGCAGUAGUUGUUUGCUCUUCAGCCUUCAGCUUGUGUUUAAUGCAACUGUAUAAAAUACACAACUGUUGUUUUUCCUGCUCCAACUAUCUUUUAGACACUUUCAUACAAAGUGUAAAGUAGUCUGUCUCUCCUGGACACACAUAGAAAACACCACAUACACACACAUUGUCACUAUAAUACAUCCUCAAUCUGAGCAUGCUGUAAACACAGUUUGUUCUCAGAGGCUCAUGGGAAAUGAAGUAUAGACGUACAGUGUCUUACAGACUAAAGUGUCAGCAUGAUGUUCAGAUAGAACUGUGAGCAGAGGUUCGUCUAAAUAAUAAAUCCUUUGAAAACA